AUGUCGCUGGUGGAAUCAGGCUGGCGUCAGUUCACUUUUUUCGAGAAGCACAAUGUUUGUGAUCCAGAAAAUCCAGAAAGCAAAUUCAGUGGUUUAAAGGAAGACGAGGAAGGUGUAAACUCGUUGGUGAAGUUGUGGCAGUUAGACCGAGUUGAGAAGGAUGCACCGUUUUGCGUGCGUGUCAUACGCGUUUGUCCAUUGUUAGGCAUUGGCCGUAGCACGCGUGCCUGUCACGUGGCGUUGCAUUCGUCCUUGCGCCACAUUGCUGUGGGUUUUAUUGACUCCUCCGUAAUUUACUCUGCGAGUAAUAUCAUCAAAGAAAAAUCUGGGAAAUGGCUUACUGUGGUAGAUGGUGCAAAUUCAGGAUCAGGCGACGAGGUGACAGGCUUGUGUCUUGCUUGGCUGGCAGCUCAGGAUAUUUGCGUUCUUUAUUGUUUAACAUCAACAGCAAUUUUAUCUUUCUCAAUUUCAAAUAAGGCAACGAUAAAUAGGGUUGAGCACGAUGCGAAGGGCUGCUUGCGUGAUUGUUGGAGUUUCAGCGAAGUAAACAAUCAGCUCAUUGUUGGAAGUACUGAGAUGGUAUAUUUCUACGAAGCAGAGCAAAGUGCAGCUGCUGAUCCUGACAGUGGCAAAGGCCGUUGUCAUGCGCUUGGCAGAAGUAAUGAGAAAAUUCAACUGCUAGCACUCAACAAUCAUGUCGCUUUGCUCACUCGACAGCCAACCUCAAUUCCUUAUUCAAGCGAACUAUGGACAUAUGUUGUUUCAAUAUACGAUGUCGAAGGCCAGUGUGUUGCUUUCUCAUGUGCUGUUCCAGCAGUUUCGCGGAUGUUUCUACUUGAUUCUAUGUUUAUGGUGCUCACUCAAGAUGGAACACUCUCAGCGUUUACGGAGAAGAAUAUUAGCGCUAAACUGGACAUCCUGUUCAAAAAAAACCUCUAUGAUCUCGCCGUAGGGUAA